AUGAUUACUUUGAAAAGUGGUAAAGAAUUGCAAGAAACAAAAGUGUGUAACCAAACUUCAAAGGAAGGAACUGAGAAAGAAGUGACACGUCCAAAUUCCUUCGAUGAAAUGCCAAAGACAUUGAUGACGCCACCUUAUUUUCCUCAAAGAUCAGCCAAAACCAAGAAAGAUACACAAGAAGAGGAAAUCUUUGAGACUUUUUGUAAAGUCGAGGUAAACAUCCCAUUACUUGAUGCUAUUAAACAAGUACCUCACUAUGCAAAACUUUUCAAGGAGUUGUGCACCAGCAAGAAGAAACUCAAUGGAAAUGAGAAUGUAAGAAUGAGAGAAAAUGUAUUUGUGGUUAUUCAAAAGAAGCUCCUUAAAAAAUGCAAGGAUCCAGGUGCUUCUAUUAAUGUUAUGCCUUAUUCUAUUUAUUCUGCUAAUAGAAUGGGCCCUUUAAAAGAAACUGGAGUAAUUAUCCAACUUGCUGAUCGAACAAAUGUGUAUCCAACCAGUGUUUUGGAAGAUGUUUGGGUUCAAGUUAAUGGUCUGGUUUUUCCUGUAGAUUUCUAUGUCAUAGAAAUGGAAGAAGAAAACUCUUCUGAUCCUAACUUGAUUUUGUUAGGAAGGCCGUUUUUGAAAACAUCAAAAAUAAUAAUUAAUGUGUAUGAAGGUACUCUCACUAUGGAAUUUGAUGGGGAAGUUAUCAAAUUCAACAUCCAUGAUGCCAUGAAAUAUCCUAAUAUUGCAUGUUCAUUGUUUGCUUUAGAUGUCAUUGACCCUUUGGUCCAAGAAGGAGAUAGCUUGUAA